UAUAGAUUGUUAGUUGAGGAUUUAUGUACAACAAAAUUUUAUCCAUUGGGAACUCGAGGAUUUUUGUGGAUGAUAUUUGUGUAUUGAUUUUCCACAACGACUUGCAAAGUCUUCCAUGAUCCAUUAACUCACGUCCAGCCAUACAAACAACUGUUACUUCAAGUAGUUUGUUCAUCAUAGCAACUUAUAUUUCUUCACAUUCUUCUAAAAAGUUGAGGUUGAAUCAUGGGAAAUCAUUGGGUUUGGGGGCUUCAUCUCGUUUUCUUAAGUAUGUUUUUGGUUGCAACCAAAUAUACUUCUUGUCUGGGGGCUCAAAAUUCAACAAGAAGCUGCCAUGAACGAGAGAGACUAGCACUACUCCAGUUCAAAGACAGCGUCAAAGAUGACUUUAAAAUGCUAUCAUCAUGGGUUGGCACUGAUUGUUGCUCAUGGAAAGGAGUCAUUUGUGAUGCUGCCACCAGAAGUGUUGUCAGACUUCAACUUAGGGGAAAUUACGCCUAUGAACGAGAUUACUUCUUAGAAGGUGAUAAGGUGAAUGCAUAUUUGGGUGAGUUAAGGAAUCUAAAACAUCUGGAUUUGAGUGGGAAUAAUUUUCAAGGAAGUCGGAUUCCUAAAUUUAUUGGAUCCUUCAAGCAGCUAAGUUACCUAAAUCUCUCUAAUGCAUAUUUUAAUGGUAUUAUUCCCCAUCACAUUGGAAACCUGUCCAAUUUGAAGGUUCUUGAUCUUGGUUCAUUUGAAUUAUAUUAUAGUUCAAAUGAUGAGCCUUGGCUAAUCACGUCAAAUGAUAUGGCAUGGGUUUCUGGCCUUUCCUCACUUGAGCAUCUUGACUUGAGCAGAGUGUAUCUUUCUCAAGCAAACAAUGUUGAUAUGGUAUUUUACAUGAUUCCUUCAUUAACAUAUUUAAGUCUGCGAGACUGUAAACUCUCUAAUUCCAAUCUUGGUCUUCAUCUUAAUUCAAGUAAAAUACUUCCCAACAUUGAACAUCUGGAUCUUAGCUCCAACCAUUUUAAAGGUCAACUCCCUCACUUUUUUCAGAACUUUACAUCCUUAACGUUCCUUGAUCUUUCAAGAUAUAAUCUUAGUCUGGCAUGGAACUCUGUAAACCUGCUAAACAUGAUCCCUUCUUUAUCUGAAUUGCAUUUGUCAGUCUGUGGGCUUCACAAUGCCCCCUUUUCACCCACUUCUUUGAAUUUCAGUGCCCAUUCCAACAUACAAUAUCUUGAUCUUAGCGGUAAUUCAAUUGGGGGUAGGUUUCCAUCUGAAUUAGUGAACAUCACUUCCCUAAAAGUCCUUGACCUUUCAUCCAACAGUUUGAACUCAUCAAUUCCUGUCAUGCCUAACCUUCUAAAGCUCGAUGUUUCUUUUAAUAAGUUUGAGCACAUCGAGCUUGUUGGGAUUUGGAGACAAUGUCAUCUGAAGGAAUUGAGCUUAUCAUAUAAUUAUUUUGGAGGAGAAAUGAUAGGCCCAUCAUCAAACACGUCUGAAUGUUCCCACUAUGCUUUAGAGGUGUUGGAAGCAGAUGAAAGUGAAUUAAACGGUUCGAUUCCAGAAUCUGUUGGAAAACUAAACAAUUUAAGAGUCUUAAGUCUCUCGACAAACAGUUUUACAGGUUCAAUCCCUAAAGCUUUGGAGAGAUUAAGAUCUUUAGAAGCAUUAGGUCUGUCUGAUAACAAAUUAACCGGUCCCGUUCCGACAUUCCUUGGAAACCUCACCAAACUUGACCUUUCUCAUAAUCAAUUUAAUGGUUCUAUCCCAGAAUCAUUGGGAAGAUUAACAGGUUUAGCUCAUUUAGGUCUGCAAUCAAACCAGUUAACAGGUCCAAUCCCAGUUUCACUUUGGCAACUCACCAAACUCAUUGAAUUAGAUGUCUCUGAAAAUUCUUUAGAAGGAGUGGUUAUGGAAGCCCAUUUUGCUAACCUCUCGAUGUUGCUGUCGUUGGAUACAAGUGCUAAUCAUAAGUUGAUUUUUAAUGUCUCACAUGAGUGGAUACCUCCAUUCCAACUGAGGUAUGUUCAAUUUAGUUCUUGCAAGAUUUUAAAUGGAUUUCCACACUGGUUGCAAAAUCAAAGGAUGCUUAAGGAGUUGGUAUUGUCUAAUGCUAGCCUAUAUGGACUUCUACCAACAUGGUUGCAGAAUAUGUCCAUGCUUAAUUAUUUAGAUCUCUCUCACAACAAACUCAUUGGAUCUUUGAUAAACCUUCCAGUUAGCAAAUAUACCUGGUUUUUAUGUCUACAAGACAACCUUUUCAAUGGGUCAAUUCCAAGGUCAAUGUGUAGAAGAACAAGCUUGGAAAUUCUCGAUGUUUCCAGCAAUCGGUUAUCUGGAAAUAUUCCUGAUUGUGUAGGGAAUCUACAAGCCAUGAGGAUGCUUAUACUUAGUUCAAAUGGGUUGUCUGGAGUCCUACCAAGUUCUUUAGGAAAUAUUAAUUCAUCAUUAAGAUGGUUAAAACUGAAUGACAAUAACUUCAAUGGCCAAAUACCACAAGACUUGGGAAAGUUGAGAUACUUACAAGUUUUGGAUUUGGGCAAUAACGAAUUCUCAGGAAACAUACCAAAAUGGAUUGGAAAAAAACUUUCAGAAUUGAGGAUUCUGAGGUUGCAUAAAAACAACUUCACAGGAGGUAUUCCUCAUUCUUUGUGCAAAUGUUCAUCUCUUCAUAUUUUAGACAUUGCACACAACAACUUAACAGGAUCCAUCCCUCAUUGUUUUGGAGAGUUGAGCGAGAUGAAUAACGUAACAGAAUAUUAUGAACAGUAUUAUGCAGAUAUUACUGUGAUCAAUCUGAUUCAAGUCAUUAAAGGAAGCGAGCUUGAAUAUACAACAACGAUGGGCUUAGUUGUUAACAUGGACCUUUCAAGCAAUAAACUUACAGGAGAAAUCCCUGUAGAGCUAACUGCACUUGCUUCAUUGAUAGGUCUUAAUCUGUCUCAUAAUCAUCUGAGUGGGAGUAUUCCAGAUAGCAUUGGAAACAUGAAGGCGUUGAAUUCUCUUGACUUCUCAGACAACCAACUAAGCGGGACAAUCCCUCCGAGCAUGGCUGCUUUGAACUUUUUGAGCUCGAUUAAUCUGUCACACAAUAACUUGUCAGGAAGAAUUCCAACCGGAAAACAACUGCAGACACUUAUCGACCCAUCAAUAUAUGCUGGUAACAGGGAUCUCUGUGGUGCACCUCUGCAAAAUAAUUGUUCCAAACCUGAAAUAAACCCACCAGCCACAAGAAGCAAGAACAAAUACAAUGGGCCAAGGAAGGUAUGGUUUUACUUGGACAUAACGUGUGGGUUUGCAACAGGUUUUUGGGGUAUUAUUGGAGUUUUGGCAUUCAAGAAGCAAUGGAGAAGGAAGCUUUUUAUGAUUGCAGAGGUAAUCAUGGAUAAGGUGUAUGUGGCGGUUGCAGUGAAGAUUUCCAAGAUUAAAAGAGGCAGAGAAGCCUAAUAGAUUCUUAUAAUUGACAAUAUUUGUAAAAUUGUUGUUUCGAUUUAAAAUACUCUGUUUCUGUUGUGUAAUAUAUUUAGACCAUGGGUGUGUUUAUUAAUAGAAAUAAAAAUAUUACAAUACACGAGAGAUAGAAGAAUACAGGUGACAGAUGAUUACAGAAGAAGUGGACUGAAGAUUAGACAUGUAAAAAGCAACAACAGGAGCAGUGAUGAUUACGAGAGAGAAACAAUCCAAAAAGAGGUAUAUUUUUCGUUCUUAAGAUUCUUUAUCGUUCUGUAGUGUUUCCUGCAAAAUAUUUACAGAAUACAAAGUCAUUAGAAUCUGCAAAACCUAUACAUAAUAGAAAGCUACGUAGAAUUGAGAGACUGUAAGUUCCAAAAGUCUGGGAUAAGGAGUUUACUUUGUUGACUUCAAAAGUGUAAGAAGAUUUGUAGCUAGCAUCACUUAAUGGACUCGUUUAAGGAACCAGCUGGCAUUAGAAAAUGAAGAUUUGUAGCUAGCAUCACUACCUUUGUCUAAUCUUGGUUUCGGUUGCAACUAAAUAUGAAUAUACUAUAGUGGGUUGCUAUGAACAAAAGAGGCUAGCUCUGCUCAAGUUCAAUUAUACAGAUAACGUCAAGUUAGUUGCGAUAGUUUCACUGGUAGAGUUUGCUUAGUUGAUGAAGAGUACUUCAUAAAAUCUCGGUUUAAGGAUUC